UUGGACCUGUUUUAGGGGCUUCAGUUGUGUACAACGUUGUGUAGAAUCUGUCACUUGUUUUACUCCCAAACAUCACUUUCACUUACAGAAACUGCAAAGUUGUGUAGAAUCUGUCACUUGUUUUACUCCCAAACAUCUACUUUCAUUUACAGAAACUGCAAAGUUUUCAUUUUUAGGUUCAGAAGUUUGGAUUCAAAAAGGUUUUCAUCAACAAUAGAAGUUGACGAGGUCGUGAAAGACCUUGCCGAUAUCAUUGAUGAUGGGCAGAGUCAAUGCUAUUAAAAUGAUUUUUUUGCCCGAGUUAUUAUAUUUAUUUCUGAAUAUCCAGUGUUUCUGACCAAACCAAGUGUAACUUAUCUGGUGAUGUGCGGACUGUCGUGAAUUUAUUGCUGACGUCACGUUUCCUCAUAUUAUGCACUUCACUGUAUCACCAACCUCAGAAAAAUGCGUACACCAGACUUGAUUUGUGCGUGCAACUUUCUACGUUCAAAUCAAAUUUCGAACAUCCGACCGUGAGCGUAGAAAGUGGCGUACGCACGUUUUUUGUGCGCCGCACGUUUCGAACGUGAGGCCCCUGGUGAAUACUCAGCUUCAGGUCUUCAGAGUCAAAGAUGGUUGGUGUUUCUGGUUCAUGUCUCUGAAUGACUGAAGUCCAGAAGAUGGAUGAUUGUGUGGAGGAAGAGGAGGAGAGACCAGAGUCUCCAGGAUCCAUCAGUCUCUCUAUGAAGAGUGACCGGUCCAAAGAUUAUCCUCUAAACUUCAGUAAAGAACCUAGACCCUCAGACACAGAAAGUCGGUACCGCAGUCAGAGACCAGAGUCUCCAGGAUCCAUCUGUCUGUCUAUGAAGAGUGACCGGUCCAAAGAUAGACCUCCAAACUUAAGUAAAGAACCUGGACCCUCAGACACAAAAAGUCGGUACCGCAGUCAGAGACCAGAGUCUCCAGGAUCCAGCUGUCUCUCUAUGAAGAGUGAGCGGUCCAAAGAUAGACCUCCAAACUUAAGUAAAGAACCUGAAACCUCAGCCACAGAAGGGAGGAAGAGGAGAGGAGUUGGUGUGGAGGAGCAGCUGUCCAGUCAGAGCAGAACUGUACCAGCAGAUGCUGGUCUGCAGGAGGUCCGAGAUAAACACAAGACCAGUCUGAGGAGGAGAUGUGAACAUGUGACUGAAGGAAUUGAUGAAACAGGAAGUAGAACACUCCUCAACAGGAUCUACACAGAGCUCUUCAUCACAGAGGGACUGAGUGAAGAGGUAGAUACCCAACAUGAGGUGAGGCAGCUGGAGACAGCUUCCAGGAUGAAGAGCCUCCAUGUCACUCCAAUCAGGUGCCAGGACAUCUUUAAGGCCAUACCUGACCAACGUGGAGCCAUCAGAGUGGUUCUGACCAACGGCGUCGCUGGCGUUGGGAAAACCUUCUCGGUUCAGAAGUUCUCUCUGGACUGGGCCGAGGGCUUGGAGAACCAAGACGUCACCGUGGUGAUUCUGCUCUCGUUCAGGGAGCUGAACCUGAUCAGAGAUGAGCAGCUCAGUCUUCUCAGGCUGAUCCAGAUUUUCCAUCCAUCGUUCCAAAUGCUCACAGCAGAGCAGCUGGCUGCCGGGAAACCGUUGUUCAUCCUUGACGGCCUGGAUGAAAGCAGACGUUCCCUUGACUUCAACAACGGUCCGGUCGUGUCUGACGUCACACAGAGCUCAUCGGUCAACGUGCUGCUGACCAACCUCAUCCAGGGGAACCUGCUUCCCUCAGCUCUCAUCUGGAUCACUUCCAGACCUGCAGUAGCCCAUCAGAUCCCUCACAAACACGUGGACAGGGUGACAGAAGUACGAGGCUUCACCGACGGCCAGAAGGAGCAUUACUUCAGGAGGAGGUUCAGGGAUGAAGAGCGGUCCAGCAGCAUCGUCUCCCACAUGAAGACAUCCAGAACCCUCCACAUCAUGUGUAAACUCCCGGUCUUCUGCUGGAUCACUGCUACAGUUCUGGACCACAUGUUGACCACGGAGCAGAGAGGAGAGCUGCCCAAGACCCUGACUGACAUGUUCUCCCACUUCCUGGUGGUCCAGACCAAGAGGAAGAGGAACAAGUACCAGGAGGGACAUGAGACGAGUCCACAGGAGCUGACGGAGGCCGACAGGGACCUUCUCCUGAAGCUGGGGAGGCUGGCGUUUGAACAUCUGGAGAAAGGAAACAUCAUGUUCUACCAAGAAGACCUGGAGCAGUGUGGUCUUGAUGUCCCAGAGGCCUCGGUGUACUCAGGAGUUUGUACCCAGAUCUUCAGGAGAGAGUGUGAGAUCUUCCAGAAACCCGUCUACUGCUUUGUUCAACUGAGCAUCCAGGAGUUCCUGGCUGCAGUCUACGUGCUCCACUGUUACUUCACCAGAAACACAGAUGUGCUGGAGAACUUCCUGGGAGAAGACUACAGAUACUCAACUGUGGAUGACUUCCUGAAGAGAGUCAUGCAGAAAUCCCUGGAGAGUAAAAAUGGCCACCUGGACCUGUUUGUCCGCUUCCUUCAUGGUCUUUCUGUGGAGUCCAACCAGAGACUGUUAGGAGGUCUGCUGGACCUGAGGAAGAACCGUCCAGAAACCAUCGAAAGAGUCAUCUACAACCUGAAGAAGAUGAACACUGACAGAAUCUCUCCUGACAGAAGCAUCAACAUCUUCCAGUGUCUGAUGGAGAUGAACGACCUCUCACUUCAUCAGCAGAUCCAAGAGUUCCUGAAGUCAGAGAACAGAUCAGAGGAGGAACUCUCUGAGUUCCAGUGUUCAGCUCUGGCCUACAUGCUGCAGAUGUCGGAGGAGGUUCUGGAUGAGUUGGACCUGGACAAGUACAAGACAACAACAUGGGGUCGACGGAGACUGAUAUCAGCUGUGAGGAACUGCAGAAAGGCUCGAUUUGUUGGUUGUGGACUCUCAGAGACUCACUGUGAAGUUGUUGCGUCCGCUCUGAAGUCCAACCCCUCCCAUCUGACAGAACUGGACCUGAGUCAGAACCAGAACCUACAGGAUUCAGGAGUGAAGCUUCUGUCUGGGGGACUGGAGAGUCCAAACUGUAGACUGGAGACUCUGAGGUUGGAGGGCUGUUGGUUGUCAGAGAUCAGCUGUUCUUCUCUGGUCUCAGCUCUGAAGUCCAACCCCUCCCAUCUGAAACAUCUGGACCUGAGCUGGAACCAGCUGCAGGAUUCAGGAGUGAAACAUCUGUGUGGUUUCCUGGAGAGUCCAGACUGCAGACUGGAGACUCUGAGAUUGCAGUGGUGCUUCUUGUCAGAGAUCAGCUGUUCUUCUCUGGUCUCAGCUCUGUCCAACCCCUCCCAUCUGAAACAUCUGGACCUGAGUGACAACGACCUGCUCGAUUCAGGAGUGAAACAUCUGUGUGGUUUCCUGGAGAGUCCAGACUGCAGACUGGAAACUCUGAGGUUGGAGAACUGCAGUCUGUCAGAGAUCAGCUGUUCUUCUCUGGUCUCAGUACUGAAGUCCAACCUCUCCCAUCUGAAACAUCUGGACCUGAGCAGGAACAACGACCUGCAGGAUUCAGGAGUGAAACGUCUGUGUGGUUUCCUGGAGAGUCCAGACUGCAGACUGGAGACUCUGAGGUUGAGGAGCUGCAGUUUGUUAGAGAUCAGCUGUUCUUCUCUGGUCUCAGCUCUGAAGUCCGACCCCUCCCAUCUGAAACAUCUGGACCUGAGUGGGAACGACCUGCAGGCUGCAGAUGUGGAGCAGCUGUCUGACCUGGUGGAGAGUCCAGACUACCAGCUGGAGACUGUCAGGUGGAGAGAGUGACCAGGACGGUGUUUGUGCAGAGACGGGAUGAGUUGUGUCCGGAUGGUCCUCGGGGGUUGAAGCAGCACCAGUUUGUGUGGACAGACUCUGACUGGGCCGUGAUGAUGAAGAUGUACAUAGUUUCUGUGUUUCAACAUCUGAUGUGUCAUUUAUCAGAUGUGUCAUUUAUUAUCACUAAAUCUGCCUAUUACCACCUGAAAAACAUUGCUAGAAUUAAGGGGUUUCUGUCUAAACAAGACAUGGAAAAGCGUAUUCGUGCAUUCAUUUCCAGUAGGUUGGAUUAUUGCAAUGGCAUCUUUACAGGCCUUAACAAGAAAUCAACCAGGCAGCUGCAGCUGAUCCAGAACGCUGCCGCCAGAGUCCUUACAAACACCAGGAAACUGGAACACAUACAGUGCCUUGUGAAAGUAUUUGGCCCCCUUGAACUUUGUGACCUUUUGCCACAUUUUAGGCUUCAAACAUAAAGAUAUAAAACUGCAAUUUGUUGUGAAGAAUCAACAACCAGUAGGACACAAUCAUGAAGUGGAAUGAAAUGUAUUGGAUAUUUCAAACUUUUUUAACAAAUAAAAAACUGAAAAAGUGGCCGUGCAAAAUGAUUCACCCCCUUUACUUUCAGUGCAGCAAACUCUGUCCAGAAGUUCAGUGAGGAUUCUGAAUGAUCCAGUGUUGACCUAAAUGACUAAUGAUGAUAAAUGGAAUCCACCAGUGUGUAAUCACGUCUCCGUAUAAAUGCACCUGCACUGUGAUCGUCUCAGAGGUCUGUUUAAAGCGCAGAGAGCAUCAUGAAGAACAAGGAACACACCAGGCAGGUCCCAGAUACUGUUGUGGAGAAGUUUAAAGCUGGAUUUGGAUACGAAAUAUUCCCAAGCUUUUAAACAUCCCAAGGAGCACUGUGCAAGCGAUAAUAUUGAAAUGGAAGGAGUAUAAGACCACUGCAAAUCUACCAAGACCUGGUCGUCCCUCUACACUUUCAGCUCAUACAAGGAACAAACUUCCUGUAGACCUGAGGUCUGCUCCAACUGUCAGCUCCUUUAAAUCAGGCCUAAAAACAUUACUGUUUGGGGGCACGGUGGCACAGCAGGUAGUGCAGCCGUCUCACAGCAAGAAGGUCCUGGGUUCGAUUCCCGCUGUGGGCGCUGAAGUGCGUGUUAUUUCCCCCAUGACUUCAGCACCCACACCCUGGGUGGGGUUGGAGAAAGGAUCUUUCUGUGUGGAGUUUGCAUGUUCUCCCCGUGUUCCCUUGGCAAUGUGAGCUACCCUCACAAAAACAUGCAGCAGUCCUGGGCUCUACUGCCCCCUCUGGCCAACUGGGGCGCCAGAUGGGGUGGGGAGGAUCUGGCCAGAAUAACAUCCGGCCGGAGAGGCCCCACCCUGUCUGGUGAAAAGAUGCGGCCUGCUCACUCCUCAGGUUAAGGAGGAGACCUGAGCUCAGUGCAGGAACUCCCGGGGUUGGUAGAGGGAGCAAUGCCUGUCACUUAGGUAGAGCACUGGGUGAUAAAAUGGGGGAAAAAACGGGAUAAAAAUAUAAAAAAAAAAAAAAAAGAAAAAAAUCAGCAGCAGGACAGGUAAAUAAACGUUCAGUUCGCGGGACAAGGACUUCAGUCAAACCAACUGCCGCUGAGCUAAACAUCCUUUCUUUGGACAGUUUAAAAACCAGAUUGUGUAUAUAAUUUUCAUAUUUGCUUUAUUGAAAUAGAAAUCAUGACAUGCGACUUGUGAAUAAACAUGAGUGUUGUUAAAAUCUAUAGUAAAACUGGGUUAAAAUUAGUGCCGUCAGGCGAUUAAAAAAAAUCUAUCUAAUUAAUUACAGGAUUUAUAAUUAAUCUAAUUAAUCGGAUUUUAAUCUCAUAUCUGCUAAAGGUCCCCAAAUAAAGAAUUUGAAUUCUAAGACAUUGCAAAAUUGAAUCAAUUGAAUACACUAAGAAGAGAAGAUUUGAAAUCCACAUUUUUAUUGGUGAAGUGUGUUUCAUAAAUGAAAUUCAAAAGAAAAGCUCAAGCACAUCAGCAAACCAAUUAGGCCACAAAAGGGUUGGUGAAAGGGCCUUUCUGUGUGGAGUUUGCAUGUUCUCCCCGUGUUCCCUUGGGUAGCUAAUGUGAGCUACCCUCACAAAGACAUGCAGCAGUCCUACGACUAGGCUGUGACAGACCUGGUGUAAGCUACGAGCUGAAACCCCUGGGCUAUCAGGCACCUGAUGGGGUGGGGAGGAUCUGGCCGGAGAAUCCCCAGAGAAUCCCCACCCUGUCUGAUGAAAAGAAGCUGCUCCUUCCUGACUUAGGUAGGAAAAAGUGAAAAAAAUGUAAUUAAUUAAAUACUUACCCGCUGCCCUUACUUUUUAACAACUUGUGCUUUUUAUUAUUUUAACUUUGUUAUUCUUAUUAUAUUUUGGUA